AUGGACCUUGAAUCGAUUCCAGAUUCACAAUCUGAUGAUGCUGUGGGUAUUGUCACUUGGGAAACUGUAGAGCAAGAGAGGCGCUUGUCUACGCGUAAGGCCAAACAGCUGCAUAAAUUACAAAAGGAAUUAACACCGUUAACUAAGGAGUUCAAAGAAAUACCAAGAGUGAGAACUAGGUCAAGUAACUUUCAAAAAAAUAACCAGUUUACAGUAGUUGCUGCGGAGUUUUUGAACUUAAGCUCCAAAUCUGAAUUAAACCGUUUAUUUGAAGAAGGAUACACGAAAGAUCAAAUUGAGCAACUGUUGGAGAAUAAGUAUCAGGAAAAGAAACAGUUUUAUACCGAGCUUGGAAUAAAAAACCACAAGUUUAAAAGGAAAAAUUUUGAAUCAUGGAGGUCUAUGAGUAAUUCGCAUGCAGUGACGACGAAUACUUUUGCGUCGGAAGAGGAGUUACUCAAUGUGAUGGAGAAGUCACAACAACUCCGAUUAAAAAGAAUAAACAAUAAACCAUUAUCUUCCUUCAAAGGCUUAGCGCCGACAAACAACACAGAAAAUCUGAAAAAACAUAAGAAUUUGAGAGAAACUGGUUCAACUUUAGGACACGAUGAGAUGAGUUUGAUAAAUUUAACUUCUGAUCGAAACAAUAGUAUUACAAUACAAAGCAGUCCAAUAAGGUUAAGAAAUGAACAAACCUUAACCCAAGAUGAUUUGCAUGAAGAUAAUGGCGAUUCAGUUAAUCGUUCAGAUAGAAACAGUGUAGCUUUAUCUUUUGCAUCUGGAAGUACAGGCGAGAAUAACAAACCAAAACCAGAAGAUGACAUACCUUUGACGUUUUCCCAAUUAGACAAAAUUUUUGCGAUACAAGAUGAAAAUAUUCCUAACAAUACUCUACCAAUGCCAUAUUCAGAUGAAGUAGAUACACAUAGAAGUGAGAUAAGAAAAAUAACUGACAAAUCGCCAGAUACUGAAAUCAACGUUCGACAAUUUUCUGGUAUCCAGAUACCAUCAAUUCCUUCAUCACCACAAUCAACUCAUACAAGUAUACCCAAAACACCAGUUCUUUUUACACGACAUUUGAGACACAGGAACAUAAUAAAUAGAAACCCUUAUUUGGUUGAUAGAGCCGAAUAUUUGGGCCUUUCAACAAGAUAUGAGUUAAUUUCUUUAGAAGAAGAGGGAAAAGAUGAUAGUAAAAUUAUAGAAUUCUUAGACGAACGGUAUCAGCAGAAAAGGGAAGACCGGAAAAAAAAGGACGUUGGAUAUGGGCCCUUUUUGAAAAAGUCUUUUCACGAAAUCAUGAAUGAAGGAAGAUCAGAGCUGUUACCCGAAACCAAAAUUGAAAACUCUAAAUCUACUAAUGAUGUAGAUUCUGAUUUUUCAAUUGAAGACGAUAUUGUAGAGGAAGAGGAUGAAGAUGAAGAAGAACAUGAUCUGUUUUCCUUUUCUGGGGAAGUUUCAAUUGACUCACAACCUAUUAAUGAAGAAAUUUUCGAGAGAACCGAGUUAUUAACAGCUCAAAAGUUGAAGCAAAAACCAUUACCGAAAAGAACGAGAAAGUUUAGUAGUGCCACUCUUUUAACGAAAAGUGUGAGGUCCAGCAGCAAAGGUGUAAAACGCUCACCUUCUUCAAUUAUUGGUGAAGCAUACAACACUGAAAAUAAAGAUAUAAAAGAAUUUCUUCAGACAGGAAAGACAACAAAUUCAAAAGAAUAUGGAAGUAUGGCUGAUUGUUCAAAUCCAGUUGAUUCUGACCCUUACUCUAUGAAAUUUCUUACCCUUUCGGAUGAUGAUCUUGAUUUUCCAGAAAACGUAUUUGGGGAACAGCCUAGUGCAGUUACUGAGGAUAUUUCUAGUGCUCGAAAAAACCAUCAAUCAGAUUUGAAAAAAGCUGCAACAAUCGUCAAGACCCGUGAUGUGAAAUCUUAUAAGAACUCACUAAGCGUCACGAAUAAAAAGAAGCGUUUACUCGAACACCCACAAGAACAAAAUACCACUGAGAAACAUUCGGGAAGGAAAAAGAAAAAGAGACAGACAAAUAUAGUUGCAGCUUCCUUCCCACCAAAGGAUAACCCGAACUAUCUAUUUGUCAGACGACCAUUAACAGAAAACUAUCAAGUCGAAGGGCUUCAAGCUCAUGUAAUACAAAGUGACAAGACAGUAAAUACAGCUGAAUUUAACAUAGACUAUGCACGUGGAACGCACGAAAAUCCAAUGAACAAAACCACAAUUGAAACAAAAGAGGUUGAAAACCACUAUGAUCGUCUAGUAAAAACAUGGAAUAAGUUUAAAACCUCAAAGUCGAAAAAUGAGAGGUUCUUGAAAUAUAUAUUAAAUGUUAGAUUGGAUGAUUACAAGACUAUUCCAUGGCCAACCAAGCUUGUGAAUUCAAGUCUUGUCCAGCAAAUUUUAGGGAGUUCUGAAUUUUACUACCGGAAUAAAUCUAUUAAGAUAGAGUUAUCCAAUUCAUCAUUCACCUUUGAAAUGCCUCUAAAAGAUGGUGAUUCUUUUUCCAAGAUUAAAAGUAUUUUCUCUUUGCUUUUUGGGUAUAUUACGAAUGAAAAGGUAAGAAAGUCCGGGCUAAAGCAGGUGAGAAAACUUCUUAUUCACCUUCUAAUGGUAGUCUCAAACGUUAAAGUUGACAUUCCGCAUAUUAUAGAAUACAUCGUUAUGGAGAUCAAUUCUUUUUGCAACUUGCUAAAAAUUUCAAAAGAGGUAAAUCCAUUGGUACUUAUCACUACUUUACCAUAUUUUUGUUUGUAUUUGAGAGUAUUACAAAGGGAUUCAACUGAAAACUGUCACAGUUUUGCACACACUGAAGACUGGUUAUGCAAGCGUAUAGUAUUGAAUAUUUGCAGUGUUUCAUUUGAAGAAAUGUUUGUUCAUAAGAAAAACAUAGUCCUUGAAUCUAUUUACAUUUUUCUUAAAGUGGUCAAAAAUCCGUGGCGGUUUGUUGGGUCUUACCUUCCUCACAAAAGUUGUAACAUUUUAAAUGUAACCAACUUCUUGUUCUUAUGUAAUGCGUUUCAAAAAGUUGAAAUGGAUUGGGAAUAUUAUCUCAACAUUCUAGGAAAAUAUUCGGAUGGACAACUCACUUCAAAUAAUGAUACAUACUCUAUGAAGUGUUUGUUUUUGUCGAUACUCAAAAUAAACAAAGACUUAUCAUGGGAGUUUGAAAAUCAGUUGAUUGUAAAAAUGUUUAGGCUUUUGGCUGAACACAAGUUUUCAAACAUUGGUUGUGUCAACAGCCCUAAAGCUACGAUUUAUCCCACGGCGUUUGUAAGCGAUUCCUUAACUUAUGAUGAUGGCUGUCUAGAUGUCUACUUGAAAACACUUGGAAAAUUCACACAACAAUAUAUGGGAGAAAACACCAAAAAAAUUGUGGAAAGAUUGAUACCAAUUCGUUCUACAUUUGGAUAUGAUGCUAUCCAAUUACAAAACCGUGCAAUUGUCUUACUUUUUAUGAUACGCCUUUUUGAUCAAGAUCUAAUGCCAAUUCUAGAAUCGGUUGUAAGUGAUAUGAUCAGAAAUGGGACGGAAUACAGUAUUAAGUCAGCUAUUUCUUUAUUAUCAGUUAUUGUCAAACAAACUUCUAGGAAACAGUAUUUGACCGUGAGAAAAUUCUUGCCACAUAUUAUACAUAAGAUCAAUAAGGAUAAAAAUGAUAGAGAAAUGGUAGGUUGCCUUAAAGAUCUUAUAUUGAAUGUGACUGAAUUGCUAAACGGCCAUGACAUAUCUUAUCUUAAAAGAAUCUUGGAUUUUUUUAGUAUUAUAUUGAAAUUUAAAAACUUGUCGACUGAAAAUGGGAUGCUGAUUACCUAUUUAAAGACGUUUUCAAUAAUGAAAAGGCAGUUUGAAUUCUCCUAUGGAAUUGAAAUAACCGAAAAAGAUCAGGCUAGAAUUGACAAGAGCUUAUACGAUGUUAUAGUGUCUGUAAAGCCCAUUAUUUUGAAUGAUAGGAUGACCAUUGAUAUUAAGAAAUUUUACAUUAAAGUAUGGUUAUUUUGUUCAGCUAUGAGUAAAAAACCAGUAAUGCAAAUAGUGUUCACCGAGUGGAACUUUCUGGGAACUCAAGAAUUUAGAGAUAAAAUGGAGUCAUAUUUUUAUACGGAACUUAUUGGAAACUUUCAAGUGGAGCCCGUCAAAUAUGAGGUUUUGGCAUUCUUCUUCAAACACCUUCCAAUUAGAUCUGCGGAUUUGUCUAUUGUCUUCGAUAGUUUGAAGAAUUCAGGAAUUUUGCCGAUUAAAGGAGAUGACAACACUUCUAAUGCAAAAUACAUCUUUAUGAAUGAUAGGACAAGAAUUACAAUCAGGUGUCUUGAAUGCUUGUUUAAGAGGUUAGACAUUAGUGUAAGAAAGACACUGUUGGAAAUAUUCAUCAAGUCUUUAAAAUCACAGUCAAUUGACUUUUCUUCUCGUAGGUACAUCAAAGAGGUUGCCCUAUUCAUACAUGGAAUGGUUGACAUGAAGCUUGAGUUGACCGAGUGGGAUCAUUUAGUCAAAGAGUUUAAUCUUGAGAAUACACCCCAGAAGUUAUCCACGAGAGUCCAACUAUACGAUACUGUGGAAGAUAUCUGUGUACUUUUUGAAAAGAGUUAUACAGUUGCUAUUGCGUCAUCUUCUUUGGACAAACUGAUGACAGAGUUUGAAGCACUUGAUUUUGUCCACCACUCUGAAUCAUUGCUUGUUGAAUCAUUUUGUUCAAUUAUACUUUUCCAUAUAAAGGAGGUUUGUUUGUCAAAGACGAAGCAUUUAUUUCACCUAUCAAACUGGCUGGAAAUUUUUGAGAAAUAUUUACACAAUACUAAUCAACAAUUUGACAUACUUCCAGUCCUAAACGUACUUCUAUUUCUUGGGAAGCCCAAAAAGCACUUUGCUGAUAUAAAGAAGUAUGAUUAUUAUUAUAUGAAAAUUCUCUUAUCCAAUUUCAAGAUUUUGCUGUGGUGUUUGUAUUGCUUUGCUGGAUUUUCAGAUAGUUGCAUAAUCAAAGCAAAGAUGGGUGAUUUUGUUUACCUUGACGAACCUUUUUUGAAAUGUCAUGCAAGUGACAGAGAUAUUACUCUUCCUUGUGAUGUAGAACAAAGGAUAAAAAAUCUAUAUAAAUCUUCUCAAGGUGUACUGGACUCAAAAAUUCAAAUGUUUGGAGAUGAAGAAGGACUGUUGUUAAUGCGGGAGCAAGUACAACUACAUAGAGAAACGAUACAUGCCAUUGAGAAGAAAAUGUGA